AUGGAUCUCAUCUUCCAGGGCCACCACAUCCAAUCCGCGGAGUCCCACAACACCAUCAACCUCGAACUUCCUCUUCAGCCGCUCCAGCGCGCACUCAAAUCCGCUCUCAACAGCAUAUCCGCGUCCCUGCGGCUCACUAAAAAGGACGGUCUGCCAAUUCUGUCCAUGACCAUCACGACAACCACGUCGAACGUGUCCUCAGCCGCAGUUAAAUUGUCGUCCGAGGACCCCUUUGGCGAUGACGUCUUUGAGCAGGAGCACCUCGAGACGUCACUACGCAGAGAGCACGAGAAGAUUAUCACACAGGACAUACCCGUGCGUGUGCUGCACCCAGUGACCGUCGAGACAAUCAUGCAGCCAAGAGUGCGGGAACCAGAUGUCCACAUUCAAUUGCCGCCGUUGCUGCAGCUCAAAGCUAUAUCAGAUCGCUUCACAAAGCUAGCCUUGACAGGGGCAAACUCUUCCAAGGCACCAAAAUUGGAACUCAGUGCCAAUAUGCACGGGAGCUUGCGGCUGCGAAUAGCCACUGAAACAACUGACAUAUGCAGCGUAUGGUCCAAUCUCGAAAAUCCCGAAUUGGACCCUCUGCAGCUAGAACGGCCUGUUGAAGAGCACCCUAGUACCAAGUUUCGCGAAAAGGGACCAGGUCGAUGGGCCACGGUGCGUGUAGAUGGCAGGGACUGGAGUAGAGUGCUAAGCGUGGGUCGACUGGAGGGUCGUGUCAUUGCUUGCUUUGCAGAUGACCAUGCCUUGAUCCUUUAUGUUUAUGUCCCGCAUUAUGAUGAUGCAACUGAGGACGAGUCUGUUGUUACCUAUUACGUACAAUCAUACAGCAGGUGA